AUAAAGAGGUUUGUAGUUUUGCUUGCUUUGUUUUAUGAGGUUUUGCGAGAAAGUCGUCCGGAUUAAGAGCGCGAGAGAUAAAAAGACAAAAUAGGUUUGUGGUUUUGGCUUUUUUCUCUCUAUGAGUUACUAAACAUGGAUUAAUCCAUUGAUACUUUAAAUUAAGAUUAUCUAAAGAUCUUUUGCUCCACAUCUAAAUUUAUAAUGUAAACAAUGCAUGUCAAUGUAGGUAUAUCAGAUAAAAUUAUGAACAAAAUUGUACAAUAAUCAAACUGGACUACAACUUACAAGGGCAUGAUUAACUCUGGUCUCUUAACCGGGAUUCUUAACUUAUGAUUUGACAUUAUUUUUUACACUUUUCGGCUUUUAUAUCUCUUAUUUAAGAGACGAUUCUUAGCUUUUCUUAGUUUUUUUCUUAGCUUUUCUUAGUUAAAAUCUAAGAAAAGCUAAGAAUCGUCUCUUAUCCAAAGAUAAAAACUCCAGUUAGUAUACAAGUUUUAAUGGAGUAUCACCCCCCUCCCCCCGGGAAAAGAUAGAUUUGAUAAUGGUGUUUUGUUUUAUGGAUUAAAAAAACCAACAUAUUAUUAAGUAAUAAAUCAGUAUUCAUGACUUUAUCUUAGAUAUUUUUUACCAAUAGUUUUAUAUUCUGAUUUAAGAAAAAAAUGAUGCUAAAAGGUAUUCAAGCUUUCCAUUUCCUGGAUAUACAUAUAUAUCUGAAAAUCAAAAUAUUAGGAAUAAAGCUGUUAUUCUUUCUAGUUCAUGCACCAUUUUGUCAUUUUCUUUCAUUUUGGGUAUCUUUUUUCUUGACCAAAACAUUUUCGAGUAAUUUUGUCAUAAUUAUACGACCGGAAAAGCUAUUAAAAUAUCUCAAUUUUUUUUUUACUAUUUUUGUCUCAUGGCAAAGAAGCAAUAGUAGUCUUUAACUUAUUAAUUCUUCCAUGACAUGAAGAUAUGCUACUUUGACUAGUUAACUUAUUAAUUGUUAUUUUAAAUAUAUUUUCUGGUAAAAAAAUAGAUAGAAUAUAACAUGCAUUUAUAAGAAAAUAGAAAUAUUAUAAUUUUUAAUAUUUGCUUUACUUUUAUGUAAUUUCUAUAAUAUAAGAAAAUCAAUUUUCAAACUUUUGAGAUGUUAGUCAUUAAUAUAUAACGUAAAUACGUGUAACUGUAACAUAUCUGAAUAAAAACCAUAGGGUUGUAGUGGUACAUAUUUAUUUUAGUGCAAUGCCAUUUUUAAAAAGAAAAAGUUGAUUAGAGAAACAAAAUAACUUCUAACAUGGAUUGAUAGUAGUAUAAUACGUAAGCACGAAUAUAUACAACUAUUCCAGGGAGUGUAAAUCCCGAGUUAUAAAAACUAUUUUCAUACACAUUUCACACAAAAAUAUUAGUCUGGAGGACAAAAAAGAGUAUGGUUUAAGGGUUAAAGUGAUUAGAGAAACAACCAUAUAUAUAUUUCAAAAUUAUGGAUUUGCGCAAAGAAAAUACGAUAAUUAAAUAUAUUGGUACAGUUUUCUUACACAAGUAUAAUCAACAUAAUUGAAGAACCAACCAUAACUUCUGAGACGUGAAUUCAAAGUAGUUUUGGUAUUAUUAAUUUUACACACUGGAAAUUCUUUUUUUUAUGGGUCAAAACACACUGCAGAUUCUAUACCAUAAUUGUUAACGAACACUAAGGUUGUCUUCUCAAUAAAUAGCGUCUUCACUUCUCCUAAUCCAGCACAAAAAGAUAAACAUCACUUCUCAAUCCAAAAAAAUCAAAGAAAAAAAAAUCAAAGAAAAAAAAAUCAAAGAAAAAAAAAUCUUGUUAUGGAGAACGAAGUUAUGUCUUCUGCAAGCUCUUCCUCACCCCAACCCGAAACCAGCAAAGACACUAUCGUGGCCGUGGAGGAGUCCAACGAGAAGGCAAUGGAGAACAACAACAAUCUGAGCCUAGUGCCUUCUGACCAGGAGGUUAUGUCUGAAAGGAGGAGUGAGAACCCUAGUCUCGGGUCUGAAAGGGGGAGUGAGAACCCUAGUCUCGGGUCUGGUGCUGUCCGAACAGGUACAGAGAUGACGAUGCUUUACCCAUCAAGAUCUAAUAAGAUCUACACUUGUCAGUUUUGCAGUAAAGGGUUCUCAACCACCCAAGCCCUAGGUGGCCACCAGAACGCGCACAAGCAUGAUCGUGAGUGGGAAAAGAAGAGGAAGGAGAUGGAAGAAGACUUCCCCGGACUCUCCUUUUUGAACCGUUACAUUGACAAGCCUCACUUGCUCCUAGGUGGGUAUUCAGAAGAUGCUUUAUCAAAUGAUAAUCAUCUUGGGAUCACUCUUGAAUCUUUCAAACGUAGAGGAAGCGGCGGCGUUUACCCAUCAUUCAAUAGCGGAGUCGGGCCCAUGAACAUGAUUGCUCCUCGCAUGGCUCCUACUCGCUUCUUCACAGGGAACACUUUUACCGAUGGUUCCUCUUCAAGGGGACUUGGGCCCAGACCCACCUAUGCCCCGAUGUUCCCUAGAAACGUUCCUCCUUUUCUUCGUCCUCGAUCCACCAAUCUUCCUAGAAAUUUGUAUCCGCAAGGGAAUCGUGUGGGCGAGAAGGACAACGUUGUGGUGAUUGAUGAUGAUGAUGAUGAUGAGCCAGAUGAAGAUAACCCUAAAAGCUGGGGCAAGGAUUUAUCCCUUUGAGUAUUGUUUAGUUUUCAUUUUUGAGGUUUCAUUGCUAUUAGAGACCUCUCUUUCCAUCACAUCUCUCUCUGAAGGUUGUUUUUCUCUUUUUAAUUUUUAUUGUAUCUCGUUUUGAAUGUUCCUUUUGUCUGUAGUAUCUCUUCUUAUAUUCACAUGUAAUUGUGUUUUGGUUGAUUUACUUUAUAAAUCUGAACUAUUCAUCCCUUUCUUUUCUACAUCUCAUAAUUUUAAGGACACUGAUCGCAAAAAGUAGAUAUCCAAAUAUAUAUUUUGUUAUUUAAGUUAGUGAGAGUUAUUAGUAAUAGUGUUGAAUUUUUGAGAACUUGUGAAGAAAUCUGAGUUUCAGGAUGGAUGUAUACAUAUUAGUACAUGGCACGAACCAUAGUGGUAUAGACCAAUAUCUUUGCUAUGAAAAUAAAUGAAAUGAUUAAAUAUUUGUAUAAAAUUGGGGAAGAAUAACACCAUCUUAUCAUAACACUGAAAGAUGCUACUUUGACUAACUAGCGUAAAUAAUUUGUUAUCAUAUUUUGAGAUAUGAAUUCAAAAUAAAUUCUGAUUUUGAUUAAAUUCACACCUUGGAGAUUUUCUACCAUAAUUUGACGUUAUCUACUCAAUAAAUAACGUCCUCACUUCUGAGAAUCUAAGCACAACCAGAUAGAGUUCACUUCACAAUCCGAAAAAAAAAAAACUAAAGAAAAAAGAAUUUGUAAUGGAGAACCAAGUUGUGUCUUCUGCAAGCUCUUCCGCAUCCCAACCCGAAAUUUGCGAAAGCAUUAUCGUGGCUGUUGAGGAGUCCAAGGAGAAGGCAGCGGAGAACAACAAUCUGGGGCAAGAGAAUCCACUGAGCGAAGAGGACAACGUUGUGGAGAUUGAUGAUGAUGAUGAUGAUGAUGAAGAUGAUGAUGAUGAUGGUGAUGAUGAGGCUGAAGAAGCUGGCGGUACCCUUCUCUCUGAAGGUUGUUUGACUCUUUUUCAUUUUAUUGUAUAUCGUUUUAAACGUUCCUGUGUCUGCAUCUUCUCUCGUUACAUCUAAUUGUGUUUUGGUUGAUUUGCUUCUUGUUUUUG